GCUGCAAUACAUUCGCCGCCGCGUUCAUUUCUCAGCGCAAGGGGGAAAAGUGAAGGACAGUCUAUUGUUGACUGCUAUUUAUUGCGCACAAGAGUCGCAAUGCUAUGACGCACCAUCAUUGAACAACGGAUUAAAUCGCUCCAUUGAGCAUACACCACAACACACCUUUACGAACUUGUAGUGUCCUCUCUUUCCUCGGUCAAAAUGGCGGACCCAAAUAUCUCUCGGUACAAAUACUCGGCGAUGUCGAACCUGGUUCUCCAGGCCGACCGUCGACUGUACUCGCGUAACAAGGAUGAAAAUACCGGCGACCCGGAGUCCCUCGCAGGGCGGCUCAACAUUCGAGACAUGGGGUCGCGAAUCGCCCGAGAAGAAGCUCCAAAGCAGAAAAGGUUGGCUCCGGGCCUUGAAGGAGUGGAACGAGGCGCAAUUCGUGAAGGCGAAGAUGUCUUGGAAAGGGAACAGCGGAAACGAAAGAGGGGUGAGCCUGCCCAGACUCGAGGUGCUGGCAUCCUGUCUGCUGGCGAUGCACUGAUCGAAGGGCUUAAGUAUCGUCCUAGGACUCCCGCCACCCGCGCGACCUACGAUCUCCUGCUUACCGUGACGGCGAAUGCGCUCGGCGAUGUGUCGCAGGAGAUUGUCAGAAGCGCCGCCGAUGCUAUCCUCGAGUAUCUGAAGGAUGAGAACAUGAAGGAUCUUGACAAGAAGAAAGAGAUUGAUGAUAUUGUCGGGUCGACAAUGACGCCGAAACAGUUCAACGAGCUUGUCAAUCUGGGCAAAAAGAUCACGGAUUAUGAUGCGCAGGACGAGGACGAGGAUAUGGCCGAUGGAGAAGAAGCCGAGCUUGAUGAUCGGCAAGGUGUUGCUGUUGUCUUUGACGAAGACGACGAGGAUGAAGAUGGAGUUGGCAGGACGUACGAAGUCCGAGACGACGAUGAAGAUACGGACGAAGACGACGACGUCCAAGAUCAGCCCGACGACGAAGCGGCUACCGCUGGAGGUGCUGGGGCACGGGACCUUGAGCCUGAUGAAGAGGAUACCGGUAUAGUACUGGAUGGCGGCAUGACCGAGUCUAGUCGCAGGAAACGAGAAGAUUCAGACCUUGUUCCAAUCCACGAGAUAGAUGCCUACUGGCUUCAGCGACAGAUUGGGUCAUUGUACGCCGACCCGCACAUCCAGCAACAAAAGACCCAGGACGCUUUACAAAUACUAUCUGGCAAGUCACUCGAAGGAGAAGAGUUAUCUCUUCGUGACAUUGAGAAUGACUUGAUGGAUUUAUUUGACUAUGACCACCCAGAGAUGGUCGGCAAAUUUGUUGCCAACCGCGACAGAAUAGUUUGGGCCACGAGAUGGCGCAGAGUGGCCGAGGAUGCUGAUGCUCGGCAUCUGGUGGAAGUCGAAAUGGUCGAAGCUGGUCAGCGAGCUAUUCUCAAUGAGUUGCUCGGCAACGAGGACCGUGGCGAGGAAGCGCCUCGACCAGCAAAGAAGAUGAAGCUAGAUCUGAUGGACAUCGAUAUUCCGAGAGCACAAACGGAGAAACAAGAAGAGAAGAAAGACGGUGUGCUCUCUGGUGGGCUGCAGCCCCAGCGGCUCAUCAACCUCGAGAACCUGGUCUUCGAACAGGGGAAUCAUCUUAUGACCAAUCCGAAGGUUGUGUUACCUCAAGGCUCGACGAAGAGGACGUUCAAAGGCUAUGAAGAAAUUCAUGUGCCUGCACCUAAGCCGAGACGCGAUCCAGGCGAAAAGAACAUCCCAACCAGCGACUUGCCUGACUGGGCAAGACAAGGAUUCGGCUCUGCCAAGGAAUUGAACCGGAUUCAGUCGAAGUGUUUCCCGUCUGCAUUCGGCGAUGAUGGCAAUAUGCUGGUCUGCGCACCGACGGGGUCCGGCAAGACUAACGUGGCUAUGCUGACGAUGCUGCGAGAAAUUGGGAAGCAUAGAAAUCCCGAGACCGGCGAGAUUAUGCUGGAUGACUUCAAGAUCAUCUACAUUGCCCCUCUGAAAGCUUUGGUCCAAGAACAAGUGGGCAACUUUGGCAAACGACUUGAGACAUACGGUAUUCGGGUGUCUGAGUUGACAGGAGAUCGACAGCUCACCAAGCAGCAAAUUGCAGACACUCAGGUCAUUGUGACAACACCUGAAAAGUGGGAUGUCAUCACACGGAAAGCCACCGAUUUGAGCUAUACCAGACUUGUUCGCCUUAUCAUAAUUGAUGAAAUCCAUUUGCUCCACGACGACCGCGGGCCAGUUUUGGAAAGUAUUGUCAGCCGGACAAUUCGAAAAAUUGAACAGACUGGCGACCCCGUGCGCAUAGUCGGAUUGAGUGCAACACUUCCUAAUUAUCGGGAUGUUGCCACGUUCCUUCGAGUGGACCCCGAUAAAGGUCUCUUCCAUUUUGACGGCUCUUUCAGACCUUGUCCUCUACGUCAGGAAUUCAUUGGCGUUACCGACAAGAAAGCGAUCAAGAUGCUGAAGACCAUGAACGACGUUUGUUAUGCCAAGGUGAUGGAACAUGUUGGCACAAAUCAGCAACAGAUGUUGAUAUUCGUUCAUUCUCGGAAAGAGACUGCCAAAACAGCCAAGUACAUUCGUGACAAAGCUGUUGAAUCGGAAACCAUUGGACAGAUCAUGCGAACAGAUGCAGCCAGUAGGCAGAUCUUACAAGAAGAGGCCGACCAGGUACACGACGCCAAUGUGAAGGAGUUGAUGCCUUACGGCUUCGGCAUCCAUCACGCUGGAUUGAGUGCAGCAGACCGUUCAUCGGUUGAAGACCUUUUCGCCGAUGGUUCCUUACGCGUUCUUGUCUGCACAGCAACACUUGCGUGGGGUGUCAAUCUUCCCGCACACACGGUCAUCAUCAAAGGCACGCAGGUUUACUCACCCGAGAAGGGUAGCUGGGUUGAGCUCAGUCCUCAAGACGUGCUGCAGAUGUUGGGUCGUGCUGGUCGACCGCAGUACGAUUCUUACGGUGAAGGUAUCAUCAUCACGUCGCAGGCAGAAAUUCAAUAUUACCUGUCACUCCUGAACCAGCAGUUACCCAUCGAAAGUCAGUUGAUGAGCAAGCUUGCUGACAACCUGAACGCCGAAGUUGUGCUGGGAAACGUGCUGUCCAGAGACCAGGGAGUCGAGUGGUUGGGCUAUACAUAUCUGUUUGUCCGUAUGAUCCGCUCUCCUGGUCUGUAUAGCGUUGGUGCGGACUAUAGCAACGAUGAAACCCUUGAACAGAAGAGGGUCGAUCUCAUUCAUUCGGCUGCUGUGGUUCUCGAAAAGGCUGGCCUGGUCAAGUACGACAAGACUUCGGGGAAACUGCAAGCUACAGACCUCGGACGAAUUGCUUCUCAUUAUUACAUCACACACCAUUCUAUGUUGACUUACAACACCCAUCUACAACCUUCGAUCAGCACCAUUGAGCUCUUCCGCAUCUUUGCUCUCAGCGACGAGUUCAAGUACAUUCCUGUUCGACAAGAUGAAAAGCUGGAACUGGCUAAGCUAUUGGGCCGAGUGCCAAUUCCGGUCAAAGAGGGAAUGGAAGAGCCGCAAGCGAAGAUCAACGUAUUGCUUCAAGCUUUCAUUUCCCGGCUGAAAUUGGAAGGUCUCGCCCUCAUGGCUGACCUUGUCUACGUCACACAGUCGGCUGGACGUAUUCUUCGGGCCAUCUUCGAGAUAUGUCUGAAGAAGGGCUGGGCCUCCGUGGCUAAGAUUUCCCUAGAUCUUUGCAAGAUGGCCGAGAAACGAAUGUGGCCGACGAUGACUCCUCUGAGACAGUUUCCUAUGUGUCCACGAGAGUAUGUUCAGAAGGCCGAGAGAAUGGAAGUCCCCUGGUCAAGCUAUUUCGACCUGGAUCCUCCUCGGAUGGGAGAGUUAUUGGGACUUCCCAAGGCUGGACGCGUUGUGUGUGACCUUGUCUCGAAAUUCCCUCGACUGGAGGUGCAAGCUCAAGUUCAGCCUAUGACAAGAUCCAUGCUUCAUGUUGAACUCACGAUUUCGCCCAACUUUGUCUGGGAUGAUGCAUUGCACGGGAACGCCGAAUCUUUCUGGAUUAUUGUCGAGGAUUCUGAUGGUGAAGAAAUCCUCUUCCACGAUCAGUUCAUCCUGCGAAAGGAGUUUGCUAUUGGCGACAUGACGGAGCAUCUUGUUGAUUUCACCGUGCCAAUAAGCGAACCCAUUCCACCCAACUACUUCAUCACGCUCAUGUCUGACCGAUGGAUGCAUGCGGAGACUCGAGUUCCCGUAUCGUUCCAGAAACUCAUCCUGCCUGAACGAUUUCCGCCUCAUACUCAGCUCUUGGACCUGCAGCCAGUGCCUGUCCAGGCACUCAAAAUCAGGGAGUAUGUGGACCUCUAUCCCCAUUGGGAUAGGUUCAACAAAAUUCAAACACAGGUCUUCAAGUCUUUGUAUGACAGCGAUGACAGCGUGUUUGUUGGUGCGCCAACCGGAAGUGGCAAGACUGUCUGUGCCGAGUUUGCACUAUUACGGCACUGGAAGAACCCCGAAUCUGGGAAAGCAGUCUACCUUGCGCCAUUCCAGGAGUUAGUUGACGGUCGUCUUGCUGACUGGCAAGAGCGGCUAUCUCGAGUGGGUGGUGGGAAGACUAUCUCAGCACUGACGGGCGAGACCACUGCUGAUCUACGUAUACUCGAUCGGUCAGACCUCGUCCUGGCCACUCCUACUCAAUGGGAUGUCCUUUCCAGACAGUGGCAACGUCGCAAAAAUGUCCAGAACGUUGAGCUAUUCAUUGCCGACGAGCUCCACAUGCUUGGCGGCGAGAAUGGCGCCAUCUAUGAGGUCGUCGUGUCAAGGAUGCAAUACAUUCACAUUCAGCUCGAGAACAAACUGCGGAUCAUCGGGCUCAGCGUACCACUCUCAAACGCAAGAGACGUUGGCGAAUGGAUUGGGGCAAACAAGCACACCAUCUACAAUUUCAGUCCACUGGUCAGACCUGUCGGCUUGGAAUUGCACAUUCAGUCAUUCAAUAUUCCGCAUUUCCCAUCCCUGAUGAUGGCUAUGGCUCGACCAGCAUACCAAGCCGUGCUGCAACUGUCUCCCGACAAACCUGCCAUCAUCUUUGUACCUGGCAGGAAACAAGUACGAGCUACUGCUGUGGACAUACUUUCGGCUUGCAUUAUGGACGACGACGAGGAACGAUUCCUGCAUACCAACGUUGAAGAACUGGCUCCCUUCUUGGAACGCAUCCAUGAGCGCGCCUUGGCUGAAUCCUUGACACAUGGUAUUGGCUACUACCACGAGGCGUUAUCCGCAAGCGACAAACGCAUUGUAUCUCACCUCUUCAAGAUUGGCGCCAUUCAGGUUAUGCUCGCCUCUCGCGAUGUCUGUUGGGAAAUCCCCUUUACCGCACAUCUUGUCAUUGUCAUGGGCACACAGUACUUCCAAGGCCGUGAACACAGAUACGUCGACUAUCAAAUCGCCGAAGUCCUGCAGAUGUUCGGCCGCUCCUGCCGGCCGGACCAAGACAGACUCGGCAAGGGCGUGCUUAUGGUUCCCCAGGUCCGACGAGAGUACUACAAGAAAUUCCUGCACGAAGCGCUGCCCAUCGAGAGUCAUCUCUCGCUAUGGAUGCACGAUGCAUUCGUCACUGAGAUCAGCACCAAGACCAUCACAUCAACCCAGGACGCAGUUGACUGGACCACAUAUACGUACUUCUACCGCCGGCUGCUCGCCAACCCAAGCUUCUACGGCCUGAACGACACAUCGCACGACGGCCUGAGCACAUUCCUCUCUGAACUCGUUGAGAGCACUCUCAAGGAACUCGCGGAAGCCAAGAUUAUCGACCUCGACGAGGAAGAUGACUCCGUCUCGCCGCUCAACCCAGCCAUGAUCGCGGCAUACUAUAACAUCAGUUUCAUUACGAUGCAAACCUUCUUGUUGUCACUCACGGGCCGGACGAAACUGAAAGGCAUGCUAGAGAUUGUCACCUCCGCGACCGAGUUUGAAUCAAUUCAAAUGCGCCGCCACGAGGAUCACAUAUUGAGGCGUAUAUACGACCGGGUGCCCGUGAAGAUGUCCGAACCGGCGUAUGACUCGCCGCAUUUCAAAGCCAUGGUCCUUCUGCAAGCGCACUUUUCACGUAUGCAACUUCCCAUUGAUCUGGCCAAGGACCAGGAGGUCAUUGUCAGCAAGGUUCUGAGUCUCCUCUCCUCUUGCGUGGACGUCUUGAGCAGUGAGGGUCACUUGAACGCCAUGAAUGCCAUGGAAAUGUCCCAGAUGGUCGUGCAGGCAAUGUGGGAUCGUGAUAGUCCGCUGCUCCAAAUCCCGCAUUUCGACAGCAAGACUGUGGAUGUUCUGGCCCGGCACGAUAUCAAGGACAUUGAUGAGUUCAUGACGGCCAUGGACCCGAGCGAGAACCCGGACCACGCCAAACUCGUGGCGGAGAUGGGCCUGACGAAUCGCCAGCUCGUGGAGGCGGCCAACUUCACUAACAACAAAUAUCCCAGCCUCGAGCUGGAGUUUGAAGUCGUGGAUAAAGACGAGGUCACUGCGGGACAGCCAAGUCUUCUCCAGGUCAAAAUCGCAAGGGAGGUGAACGACGAUGAUGAAGAGGAAGAAGGCGAGGUGGAUCUCACAGUGCACGCGCCGUUCUAUCCGGGCAAGAAGUUGGAGAAUUGGUGGCUCGUCGUGGCUGAGGAGAAGACCAGAUCGUUGCUGGCAAUCAAGAGGAUCACCGUCGGCAAGAGCCUCGCGACCAAGUUGGAAUAUGUGGUCCCGACGCCGGGCAAGAAGGAUCUCACGCUGUUCCUCAUGUCGGAUUCGUAUGUCGGAGUGGACCAGAGUAUGGCGUUUAGUGUGGAGGUUGCCGAGGGGAUGGAUGAGGAUGAAGAGCAGGAUGACGAGGAAGCCGGAGAGUGAAUAUAGUGGUUGAAGAAGAAUUGAGGCUGAUGGGGAUUUUGUUUGUAUUGCUGCAGCAAAAGAAACAGGCACUGGCGGUUCUGUAAGUUAGGUAGAUCAAAAACUUGAAAUGUUCAGUGAU